AUACUUUGUAACAAAAUCCAUUUAUAACAAAAUCUCUAUACCGUUUACUUGUCCAAUGAGUCAACUCGCACAAGAAAUUAAAUGCUCCACAUGCAUAUCAUACAUAUGCACAAUAUAACAUUAUUCUCUAAUCAAAGAUAAGUCAAACGAUUAAUAAAGUUCAUCAAACUUUCAAGAACUUGGUAAACAAAAUACGGUUUUGUUAAUUAACGGUUGGUUUGAGAGCUGCUCUCUCCAUGGUUUGGGGUUCCCCAAAUUCUUGGAUGCCAUCCCCUCUGAAAAGUUCUUCAACUCAGCUCAAUAAUCCCUGGACUCCUGAUUUUAGGAAAUUUCCUUCCCUACCAUCCCUAAUGGGGAAAGGCAGAGGUAACAUCACGAACACAAAAAUGCCAAAUCCACCCAAGAUAGAUGAUGACGGGAAAGGCCCGAGUGCAUAUGUGAAACCGGUGACCUAUGUUUUGACGGCUAACAAAACUUCAUGGGCGGGCCUUUUUAAAGAUAACAGGGCACCCUCAAAAGGAAUGAAGCUAAGAUAUAUUCCUACAGAAGGUGAUUUUGUUGAUAUGAGCAUUGAAGAACCCAUAAAUAUGGUGGAAGUUUGGGGUUUCUGUCUUGUGGGUUUUUUCACUGGAAGGUUCCCAGGGAUAAAAUCAGUUUAUAAGCUCAUGGAUGGAUGGGAUGUUAGAUGCAAACUGCUGCAACAUUCUAGAGGUUGGUUUGUGUUUCAGUUCAAAACAGAUGAGGAUAGAACAAGAGUUCUACUGGAUGGGCCAUAUGAUGUGGCUGGAAGAAUGCUUAUGCUAAAGGAACUAUCUGAAGGUUUCUCCUUUGAAGAUGAAGAGUUCCUAAAGGUUCCAUUAUGGGUAAAGUUCCCUAGAUAUCCAAUGGAAUGCUGGAAUGAAGAGAAAAUCAACAUUGUUGCAUCUAAAGUAGCACAACCAAUUUACACAGAUGGUGUUACUAAUGAGAAGACUAAACUUGAUUACGCUAGAGUUCUUAUUGAAGUUGACAUAUCUAAGCCCCCUCCCCUCAGUGUUAAAAUGAGAAUGAGAUCUGGCAAGAACUUGGUAACCAAACUGGCAAUUAAAUAAAUAAUUAAAUAAACAUGUUGAAAGUUUUUAGAUUUUAACUAUUUUGAAGCAUUAAAAUCACUUUUUCUUUUCAUGUUGAAUCUGAAAAUUCCAUAAUUUAAAAAUAAUGUAUAAAUUCUACGGAG